AUGGCUCCGCUGAGUAGAGCCGCCGGGUCGGCCGGCUCUGUGUCCGGCUUCGCGUCAUUGAAUGACCAGCGGCAACCGAACAAUACCGAAGUCAUCGAAAUUGACGACGAUGACGACGAACCCAUGGAUAAUGAAGAGGAGGAGUACAACGAAGAUGAAAUGUUAGAGGUAGAAGAUGACGAGGACAUGGAGGAAGAGGAGCAAGAACUGGAAGAAAAUGCCUCAGUAGAAGAUCGGAACGGCAGCGAAUCACCCCUGAACCUAGUUGGAGCCCCGAAUGGCCAGAACGGAAUCGACGUCACUGCUUCCGAGUUCUUCACCUCAGCAGGCGCAAGGCAGGCACUGCACCCACUUCGCCGGACUGCCGACCGAGUUACCCGCCAGAUCGAAGCUUUCGCCGAUAAAUUGGAUCGCUUUAAACAAAAGGCUAACCGUGCGGACGAAUUUCAGAACUACCAGGCUGUCUACCAGUUGGUGAAGGGAUGCCAAACCAUUGCGCAGGACGCGAUUCAGGAUCUUUCCAAACAAAACACACUUAAAAGAGCGAAAUUGGGAUGGGGCUUCAGUAACAGCAACGGCACGAGUGACGCUAAAACCGAAGAAGAGCUGCAACGGUUACAGCUAGAAGCAAGUACUUGGCAGCUUCUGCUGAACCUCGUCAGUGUUGACGACCCUGCUAGUAGAGCCAGCUUCCUACAAGCGCAAGAGACUGCAUUUCAAACGCUCCAUCGGUAUUCGUCAGAUCGCGACAUCUGGGGUCAGUUCAUGAAGGCGGACCAAUAUGCUGUGGAAUGCGUGAUUAUUAUGAAAUGGUUGGAACAAACUGCGCGGUCUUCCAGUCAGGACAUCGACUCCCUGAUCUCAGAAUUAGAGAUACAGGCUGAGAGAGGACAGGGCUCUUGGACUCAUGGAUGGCUGUAUACCAAAGAGACUAUCAAGGGGCAGAAGCGGCUACGCGCCUGGCCUCAACCUCUGGAACCAAACGACCCAGGGAUCACGGCUUCCUUACUGACUUCUGAGCAAUCCGAACCGCUGGUAACACAGCUAGACCCCGAUGCAGUCACCCGCCAAAAACAGAACCUUCAGAGAAAGGACCAAUUUUACGAGCGUGCUACCUGGAUGACGUGCUGGAAAAUGCUUCGACAGGGCGAGGACUGGACUAAGAUUAGGCAGUGGGCGUCAGACCGCCUGGAGCACUGGCGCGCAGUCAGUAUCUGCGGUUCCAGCAUUGAUGCCCAGUCGAAUGGGGAAGCAACGGCUUUUGACGAUGGAAUAACACGUAUGAUGAACUUCCGGUCCCAAGAAACCUGGAGGGCUGCUUGCUCUAGCCUUGCGCGAGACUCCAAGACAGAAGAUUUCGAACGGGCUGUCUACGGACUUUUGUGUGGUGACUCAGAAGCAGCUAGUAAGGUGUGCACGAGCUGGGACGAUUAUCUCUAUGUUUGGUUCAACAAUCAGGUUUUAGCCCGUUACAGGGGCUUCUGCAAGCAGUUCCAGCGAAAGCUCAAUCAUUCUCCCACAAGCCCUGUGGCCUUCCAGCCGGAACCUGCCGGGUAUGCGGAUUUCAACAAAUUUGUGCAGUACACCAAAGGAAACGACCGAGUCGGUGGCGAGGCUCGAAACCCCUACCGGACAAUUCAAGCUGCGAUAUUAGGUAAAAACUAUGACACUUUCUUUACGUCCUUGGCGAAAGCUGUCUCGCAGGCAGCUACCAAUAGAGACGGACCGUCAUACGUGCCUGACCUGGAACCCACUUACGUGGAUGACUCUCUCCUGAUUGCGGCUGAGGAUCGUGAUGCGUUACGAAUUGCUGCUCACCUAUAUGUUGUCGCGGACUCGGCCGGCUACGUGCGCAAAGAUCAUCAGUUUCUUGAAACUGCGUCGGUAAAUGUGAUUGGGUAUAUUGCUGACCUAGAGGAAGCUGGGCUUGUCGAUAUCAUUCCGCUCUAUGCGUCGCUUCUACCGGAGCUUGGGCAGUAUCUGGUGCUUGGGGAUGUGUUACUCGAGAUCGUUGAUGAGAGAGAGAGGAGAUUGCUAGUUCAAUUGAUAAACAAAUACGGAAUCGACAUCGAAGCAGUUAUCGCACAGCAGUGGGAUUCGGUCACAGCUGUAAAAUCUGCUGUCGAGCACACGAGGACAUUCAAGUGGGUGUCAAAAGUCAUUGUUCGCAAGGAUGGUAUCCGCGAGCUGGCACCUGUCAAGAAGGAUUUCAUCGGGACGGAAAUUUCGACGCAAGACGAGCGACUCAUACGUAGCGUUGAAUGGCUUCGUUUUGUCGACGGGCAAUGGGGCCGGAUCUGUCUUCUUGGGACAGAGCUCUACAAGAAAUUCUUCAUAUCCGGCAAACUUCCUGCUGCUAGAGAGCUGAGCCGGCGGAUGCGCCUUUCGGACCUCUCGCGUGAAUUCUUCGGGUUUGAUAUUGCGGACUUCUACCCAGGGGACUAUGAGGAUGGAACCGACCGCGGCACCCCAGAGCCCUCCAGUCCGUCAAAACUGAGGUCCUUUGGUCACAAGCGGAAUAAGUCAUCCAAUACUAGCUUGCAAUCCACCAGUCAGACUCGACUUCUUUACGUCCAGUCACAGACUAUGCGCGACCUAGAACAGCUCAUCCUCGCCUUUGACGCUCUGGAAGCAUUUGCUCUUACCUGCGAAAAAGUCGACAAGCUCAAACGCCGACGAGACUCGGGGACCAUCAAGGGCAUUAAGGAGGAAGUCCACGACGCCCUAGACGCCAUUAGCGUGCACAUUGACAAUAUCCUUUACGACUGGCUAGUCACCCCACGAGACGAAACCGAAGCCGCCGAACUUGAACAAAUCCGCACCACCUACAUCCCUGAACUCUUCCUCGAAUACCAUAGCGCCCUCUACUACUGUGCGCACAUCGUGAGCUCCGAGAUCUUAGUGCAAUGCAUGAAUUUGGCGAUGCAGGUCGCCGAAAACGAGCCUCUAACACGUAGCUUUGUGGCUGGGAAGCGCAUGGCCGAGUUAAUGGACGCCCUAGCACUCUCGAGUAAGGCGAUGGUGAAUGCGCAUGCGAAGCCAGAUGCCCGUUCUGCUGGUGGCGAGAGUUUGGGGCUUUGGACUGUGACAGUGAAUGAGGAGGAUGAGGAGGGACAGAUUUUGGGAACGGCGAGGUAA